AAUAAUAAAGUUAAAUGUAUAAAAUAAAUCAUUAUACAUUAAUAAUAUCGAAUAAGAAACAUAACCAAUAACAUUAUAGAUUUACACAAUAUAUAACACUAAAAUGUAAAUUAUAUAUUUAAAAGUUUUGCGAUGAUAUCUGUUAUAUAUUUAUAAAAUGAAAAUCUAGUUAAUAGUAUUAUUAUUGAUGUUGUGUCCUAACCAAAAUUUAAAAUUGAUAGUGUAUGUAUAUCAGUUAUAGACGAGUAAAGUGCGCUACUAUUAGCUAAGCCUAAACCAUAUUGAAUGAAUCUUCGAAUUCCAUAUUAAUUGUUGGAACUCUUUAAUAUUUAUGAGUUAAUUUUUUAAACAUUUUAGACCCCAAAAAUGUGAAUUAAUAGGUUCCGAAUGGUGACUGCGGUUUGAGCGGUGCAGAACAAGCGGUUCAACUGCGGUGCAGUUUUAAUAGUUAUAAAAACGUAUAGAUAUAUGAUAUAUAUAGAGAUUUUUGUUACUGUUAAUUGCGAUGUGGGGCGGGGCAGUUGUAAACAUUCCAAGUCUAUGUUCAUUUGUGCUCGUGAGGAUGCCACGUUAUUAUCCAUGAAUAUUCACACCUUUUCAGGCUGUCAUGCAAGUUCCCAAGCCCUUUUAUGGUCACAAAGGGGAAAAGUGAUAAAGAUAAGAUGACCCAUCGAUCAAUUUUGUUGGGAGAAUUUAAAAUCUGAUUAGAUAUAGUAGCUACUAAAAAUGUUGAGGUCCUAAAAUCAAAGUUCUUUGCAUCUUGAGAAAUUCUUAUUGACAAUUAUUCAAAUGCAUGCAUGUUCAAUAUAAAACGUCAAAACUACCGGGCUAUGUAACUUUCUACACGAUAAAAUAUUGAAUCGCCAAAGGUUAAGAAAAAAAAAAUAUUGAAUCGUAUCGUGUUACGAGCACAUCAUAGUCAAGUUUGAUCAUCUUACAAGUAUAGUAGAUUAGUAUCCUAAUUACUUGAUAUAUAGAAUAACAAUAAUUCACUGAAAUACUGAAUUUGUUGACAAAGAAAAAUAAUUCAUUAAGUUUAUAUAAAAUAAUAUCACAAUAGAAUAUUAUCUGGGUGGAAUUCACUGCUUCGACAAUUACGUCAGCAGCAACAACAAAACAUAAACUGACCAUAAUUGAUUGAUCCAAUGGUGUCCAAAUUCGUAGAAGAGCAGAGAAAAUAUUAAUGGUGUAUAUGAACAAGAUAGGUUGGCUCACUUACUUUUCUUUUUUUCUACUGACAUUCGUUCCAGUGUUUGCCAAAGAAGGAACAUGGUGGAACUUGUAUGUUUGUGGAUUCUUGUCCACUUAUGUAAGAGACUCCUCUUUGACAAGUUCGUAGAAGAGCGCUAGAUCGUCCUGAGAGGAUGGGCUUCGUGUGACCUAUGGUGAAAGUAUCAUAUGUUGACAAAUACGAAUGGCCCAAUCAUUGUUUGUCUAAAACUCCAAUGGUCUUCAGUAUAUAUCUUUUAACCAAUUUUAUCAUUUCGGCUAUGGCCUUUUUGUCAGGAUUAUCAUCUCACACUUUGAUUUGAAAAUUAUCAUAAUGAUCUUAACAUUGUGCCGUUUCUAUCAAUAAAAACCUGAAUCUUUAUUGUUGUCAUUCAAUUAUUUUUAAUUUAUUUUGUUGGUGUAAAAAUAACUCUUAUUUCACAUAUGUUUUUUCAACAAUUUAGACAAACAAAAGUUAAUUCAAUUUGUUUAAUUUGAUUUAAAAGUCACACUUCUAUAUUUCAUGUAUACUAUCGUGUAUAUACAGUAUGAACUAGAAUAUAUAGAUGUACAAGAAAUUUUAUAUUUUUGUCGACAAGUAUGAUAAUAAAGUUAAUAAAAGGAAAUAAAAAACGUGGCCGGCCAUUGCUGUAUAUGCAUCCAUUUUCUUGAUAAUAGUUGACCUGUUUUUUUCUCUUUAAAUUUUAUCAUAUGAACCAAUAAAACAAAGCCAAAACCACACAAAGAUAGGAAAAUACUAUAAAUGCAUAUACAAUGAAUUCCUUCCCCUGAGAAAGUUGCGAUAUUUUCAGAAUAGUUGUAGCCACUUCUAAGUUUUAGAAGAAAGAGAGAAGCGUCUGUCGAUCUUGUAUGUAUUUGUUCUUAUUGAUUUUGUUGACUUUUGAAGGGUCUACAUUUUCUGAUGAUUUUUUUCAGUUUUAUUUUUGGGGGAUGAUGUUUUGGUGACGGCAAUAUGAUUGUUUCUUUUGCUAUUGAUGUGCUCAGAUUAAAUGCAGAGAAUAGAGAUCGUGAUUACUGAAUUUACAUUUCAAUGAUUUCUUUAAUGGAUUUUUGUACAUUUUUCUUAUUUUCAUUUCAUGGAGAAUCAGUUAAAACAUUUGGCCUUUUUCGCUUCCAGGUUAGCUUUUGAAACGAUCCAAAAUUUUCAUUUGUAAUUAAAAGUUAUCAGGGAAUCAACCCUUUAUUGUGAAGAUGAGGAUGUUGUCAUGUUGCUGUGUAGUUGGUUAAUCAAAAGCUUGCGUGACCGUUGCAAAAAAAAAUCCCACAUUCUUUUUCUCAAGUUCUUACCAUUUUUCUUCAUGACACAUGUCUCUUACUAACGAUGACUCUGUCAAUCAUUAGCUAGAUAAAUCAUGGGUUUGAUUCUAAAACCAGUAUCAUCAUGUCUUCUCUCAUUAGGUUUGAAUUUUGUAUAAUGCUCAUGUCUUUUUGUUUUCUUUCCAUCAACAAAAGUUGAAAUGAUGGUUGUUGAUUGCAUCUUUUACUGUCUUUAAUAUCACUUUACAAAUGGAAUAGUGGAGAGACUCAUCAUUUGUUUUGACUUCUGGGACCAUGCCCUUGAUAAACCAUUUUAUAUGCGUGUGUGAAUUAGCUUUUGUGACUUCCACUCAAAUCAUAUUCUCAUACAUAACUUCCUUUUGGCUCUAUGUUUCUCCUCAACGGGUUGCUAUAAAUUUGGGAAGAGAUUGACCAACCUGAUCUCAAUUCUUGUCUUGUGCAGAGAAGAAGCUAUAUUAUCUUCAGACAGCAACCAGGCAACCACUAUGAAUGAUCUACAAAGCCAAAGCGACAAAAUGUUUAUGGACAAGAAAGUAUCAGCAUGCGACUUACAAGAGAUCGUAGUUUGCAACUGCAAGGAGCCUACUCAAAUCGUCGUCAAAGAUAUAUGCGUGGAUGAGGGUGUGCCUAUGGUGCAUGAGAAGUUCUUAUUCAACAAGGAAGAAACUGUCAAACUAGAAGACAACAAGCCUGAAGAAUGUGCUGACACUAAAGAUGCCAUGGAGUUGGUUGUGACUGGAGAUGAAGUUGGUUGCGAGAAACCGCCACCUGAAAAUGUAGUAGCUGAAUCAGAAAGUGUCUCUAACAAGGCUUUAACCUUGAGAGAUAUUAUAUCAAUGGAGGAUUCUAAUAAACCUCUUAACAAUGUCAACACUUAUGAGCCUGAAGGAGGCCUAGGCCGUGACAUAGAAGAGAGGAAAACAGUGGAGAAAAAAUCAGUUAGCUGGAGAUAUCUUCCCUCUGAAACGGUGGAACUAGAGAACCAACGGUUAAGCAAUGUACUCGUCGAGGACUCUUAUGAUCAUCACCAUCUCUUCUCAAGUUAUGAGUUCGGUGCAAGAAGUUUCUCUGAAGCAGCAGAGCCAGGUUUAGCUCAUAUAACUUACUCUGGACCCAUUUCAAUCUCCGGAAGCCUCUCAGCUCGAUCUGAUGGAAGCACUGUCAGCGCAAAUUCCUUCGCUUUCCCAGUAUUGCAACGUGAAUGGAACAGCAGUCCUGCAAGAAUGGUGAGAGCUAAGAAGAGACAGGAGAAAGGAUGGAGACAUUACUCUCUUAUCUGUUGUAGAUUCUGCAGAUCGAGGGUGCCUUGAUUUCCGUAAAUAUUGUUUCUUGUUUCUGAGAGUUUUUUCCCCAAGUUUCAUGUGUUGCUUCAAACACAAGGCACAAACCCUACGUGCGGAAACUCUUGAUUGUUAUUUCCUUCGGUUAUAUGGGCUUUUUAAGUACCAAGGCCCAUUUGUUUGCAACUUGUUAAGGAAACUGUAUACAAUCUUGUCGUAUUCGUCAGUAAGGUCGGUACAAGUUGCCACGUCAUUAUCUAAUCUCCCUUUUUUAUCACAGCGUGUCCCCCUCAAUGAGAUCCACGUAUCAUUCCCCAAUCGAACGGCUGUUAUCUCAUACGGAACUAUCCAUCGGACGGCUCUCUUGGCAUGUUUUAGAUAUUACAAAAAUAAAAUUAAAAUAUAAAGCUAACGUGUCAACUGAUUGCAGAAGGAGACAUUUUAUCUCUCAAGUCAGAUGUAGGAGGAGAGACAUAGUUUCAGUUUGAUCUAGACUACAGUGACUUAGAUUCGGUUUAUAGCUCGAAGGCACAAACCCUCAUCGUCAAAAACCCAUUUUCAAACGGACGUUCUUCACUUGGAAAGCUAGAGGAGGAAGAAGAGGAUGAAACCGAAGAAGAGGCAGGACUUGCUCUAUCGCUCUCAAAGCUCUCGACAUCAAAGAAGGACAACAAAAUGGGAUCCAUAUACCUGAACACUCGAAGAGACGAAACUGAGAAGACAUUGUCAAGUCACAAGAGCGCGAACGUGCUGCUGCCGGUUAGCACAAACUUUGUGAAGUUAGCAGACAUGGUAGAAGUCGAAUGGGUUGUGUUCUUGGAGAAGUUUCAGGAGUUGCUUGACUCUGCUUUUGCAGAGCGUCAGACCAUGACGUUGAGGAGUAGUCAGAGACUUGGUACAUCGUGCCAGUUUUGAGAACAUACAAGACUUGAGGCUUCACAUAAUAGAAAAGACCGAGGAGACGUUUCAUGGGGUUUGAAGUAAUGACUUGUUAUCUACGUUGCGAUUAGCUUGCUUUUGUGACCACGACGAACAAUUGCAAUGCGAAUAAAGUUCUUUUUUUAUCAUCUGUAGUGCUUCGUAAAUAUUUCUAUUUUUUUCUCAUGUUUACAAGAAUAACAGUAGUUGUCCAACAAUGAUGUUUUGGGAAUAUAUAACCAGUUAAAAAUAAGGUUUUUACUA